UGCUGUGUUUUAGAGGUCGAUGACCUCACUUAGCCUAACUAAUAGUUUUCAGAGAUUAAUUCAAAAUGAGUCUUGUCAGAUCUUUAUUACGGAGGAUAUACGGAAGACGUAAAUCACUCAUUAAAUGGCUUCAGAAACACAGGCUCCUGCUCAGAAAAAAGAAAUGUAGGUUAUGCAGAAAGAGGAUGAGUCUUCAAAAAACUAACACAACAAAAGAUGGAUAUCGAUGGAUAUGUAGACGAAAUCGCCACAAGGACGUGUCACUCUCCAUACGUCACGGCUCUGUUUUCAGCAAAAGUCAUGUUUCUCUUUCUUCCUAUAUGGAGUUCAUUCACAGAUUUGCUCAAGGAUUACGUCUCCGUCAGGUGGAUAUGCUUGAAGAGGGUCUGUGUGGCAGUAGUGCAACAUUUACAAAAAUGACUAAAAAACUCAAGGCAGUAUGUGUUAAAUCAAUCAAAAAAAUGGAAAGAGAGCGGAGGAUCAGAAUCGGUGGAGCAAGAGCAUUUGUGGUCCUGGAUGAAAGCAAGUUUUGCCACAAACGGAAGUAUGCACGUGGGCGUUUUGGCAACACAUGGCGAAGAAAAGCAUGGGUUUUCGGUAUGAUUGAAGUCAAAAGAAAGCAAAGGAGAACUGUGCUGAAAGUGGUAAAACGAAGAACAGCAAGAAAAUUAAUUCCCAUUAUUAGGAAGCACGUGCGUCAAGGAGCUCAUACACAACAUAUAGAACGUGCAUGGAGAACCUACAAAAAUGAGGUAUACCGUUACAGGGGGAACAUGACUCUACAAACACUGAAAGAUAGCCUUCAUUGA